UUGUGGUCGUGAUACGGAACUGCCAUUAUUAUCGUGCCAUUAUUUUAAGAAUAUGGCUUCAGGUAAAAAGGGAAAGAAAACGAAGGGUAAAACCUUGGCCUUAACCGAUUUUUUACAAGAAACCAUUGGAACUAUACCUGCCCAACCUAUACGCAAAUCAAAUAUUAAUUGGGCCGAAGAAGUAGAAGAUUAUGAUGGAUAUGACUCUAGGAAGCCAAUUAAUGUUGUCCUUCCUACUGCUCCGAAGGCUUCAAGGGAUUUCGAAGAUUUCAGUGAUAAAGUGCCCAAAGAGCCCCCAUACAGAGCUUACCUCUCAAAUUUACCAUAUGAUGUGGAUGAGGAAGAAAUUAUGUUGUUUUUUAAAAAUAUGAGGAUUGCAAAUAUGAGAAUUCCAAAAGACGACAGAGAUAACACGAAAUUAAAAGGUUUUGGAUAUGUAGAAUUUGAAGAUAGAGAUAGUCUGUUAAAUGCUCUUGCCGUUCCUGAUACAACUAUAAAAAAUAGAAGGAUCAGAAUAGAAGUAUCUGCAAAUACAGAUGACCGCAGAAGGGGGCGAAUGGACAUGGGUAGAGAUAGGAUGGAUAGGGGUGAAUUUACAGGUGAUUGGCGUUCAGGGCCUCGCGUCGAAGCCUCAAAUGAUGACCGCAGAGGAGGUUUUAACAGUGGUUUUAACCGAGACAAUAUGAGAGGAGAAAGAGAAGAAAGGAGUUUCAGUAGAGAUAAUAUGAGAGGGGAAAGAGAAGAGAGAAGUUUUAGCAGAGAUAUUAUGAGAGGGGACAGAGAAGAAAGGAGUUUUACCAGGGAUAAUAUGAGAGGAAGUGACAGAGAUGAUAGAGGGUACAGAGAUAAUACUAGAGACAGAGAUGGAGGAUUUGGUAGAGAUAGAGACAAUAGGGAUGGAUUUAGACGAGACAGAGACGGUUCAGAUGAUAAACAGGGGGGUUGGAGAGAGGGAGAAAGAUUUAAUAAAGAUCAAGAUAGAGGUUUUUCAAGAGAUAGAGGUAACUUUCGGGAUUCAGACCGAGUAAACAGGUACGACGAUAGGGAUGAUCGUAAAGGGUUUGGUAACAGAAGAUUUGACAGUGACAGAGACAGAAAUGAUAGGGGUGGCGACAGAUUCCAAGAAACUGCUAGGUCAGAACCAAGGGAGAGGCCAAAGUUGGUAUUAGCGCCUAGAACGAAACCCGUAGAAAACGUACCUGUUAAAGCAGAGUCAGUGCCUUCAGCUUCAAUAUUUGGAAGUGCCAAACCUGUGGACACAAGUCAGCGUGAGCGGGAGAUAGAAGAAAGAUUAGCGAAGGAACAUUCAAAUAAGUCGAGAGAUGCGAGUAAAGAGAGAAGUUCACAUGUAGAAGAUAGCGAGAAAAAGAUUAUAGAAAGAAGUAGACCUCCAAGAAAAAUAGAGGACAGCCCGAAAAGAGAUAAUGAUGAGAAGAAGACACCCAGAACUGAGUUCAAGUCACCGGAUAAGAAUGAUAAUAGAAAUAAAAUCGAUAAGCCAAAGAGGGAGGAGAAAAAGGAAAAACAUGAGAAAGAAAUGUCUAAAUUUUCUGAGCCAGAGCCACCGAACUUUGCGGCCAGCAACAAAUUUGCAUUUCUAGAAACCGAAGACAUUUCGGACUAGCAACAUGUGAUUGGUAAUUUAGUACAUUAUAAAUAUCGUAUACUGAUUAUUUUUAAAAUAAGUGGAAGGAAAUAAGAAGUUUUUACAUAUUUAUUAUUUUAAUUAUAGAAUAUAUUUUUGU